AGUUAGCAAGUCCGAAAAGAUUGUACUUCGGAGUCAGUUUUCUGCUUAGGCACGAACUUAAUUGUCGUCACAUAAGACAUUUACAACCUGUGUAGUGACGCAUAAUUCCCUUAGCACAGAUUGUGAACCAAGUCAUCAUAAUUUCCACAUUAUAAAACCAGUUACAAACACAUCCAUAACGUGUUAGCAUUUACAUCAAGUGUGGUGAAGUGAGCAAAAGCUUUUAAAUGAAUUCUAUACUAAUUACGGGUUGCAACCGGGGUAUAGGAUUGGGCCUAGUUAAAGCGUUGGUGAAAUCAUCAAACCCUCCACAAUAUAUUUUUGCAACAUGCCGCAAUUUACAAAAGGCUACGGAACUAAUGGACUUGGCGAGCGGCAAUCCCUCAAUACAUGUCAUGGAAAUUGAUUUGAAUAAUUUUGAUAGCUAUACGAAUUUAAUAAGAAGUAUAAGUGACAUUGUAAAGGAAAAAGGACUGAAUGUACUUUUUAAUAAUGCUGGCUUUGCUCCCAAAUCUACUCGUAUAACCACAAUUAAGCUGGAGGAUUUGAUGCUGAGUUUGCAAACUAAUACUGUUGCGCCUAUAAUGUUGACAAAGGCUUGCCUUCCUCUACUAAAACAAGCAUCGGCAGCUAAUGAAAAGGAGGAAAUGAGUGUAAGACGCGCUGCUAUCAUCAAUAUGAGUUCUAUUCUUGGGUCAAUUGAGGCUAAUACCGAUGGUGCCAUGUACGCAUAUCGCACUUCAAAGUCUGCUUUGAAUGCUGCUACCAAGUCAAUGAGCAUUGAUCUUCUGCACAACAAAAUUCUUUGUCUAAGUUUACAUCCCGGCUGGGUGCGUACUGACAUGGGUGGAUCCAAUGCACCUCUUGACGUGAACACCUCCUCCACUAAAAUAAUUGAAACCCUGUUAAAGUUUAAUGAGACAAACAAUGGUGGUUUCUAUCAAUAUGAUGGAAAGCGAUUGCCUUGGUAAAUAAUUUUUAUUGUUGUUUCUGAUUACAUAUUGUUGUUGCUAUAUAAUAUCGAGGCUGUUAAUAUAUUUAGUAUAUCGAAUCCAAAUAAAUAUAUGUUUGUAAAGCUUUUUAGAAAUCUUAA